AUGACAAGACCGUUUGGUAAUAGUGAUAAACGUUUUUCAAUAGACGAUGCCUUUGAAGAGGAGACUGAUGAAGCUAUAAAAGUGUACGGCGCAACGGGUGAUAGGUCUCCUUUGCAGAAUAAAUAUAAGAAUGGAAACGAUUAUUUGGCUAGUAAAACAUACAAAUGUUCAGAGGACACCACCUCGCGGGACUCGGACUCUCUUAUCCACGAAUACGUAGAAGCGACACAAUCUCUCUAUUGCUGGAACCACCCUAAAGUGCGGGAGAACUGGAAGACCGUGUUUGCUGCUGUCAUACUCCUCUUAGUCGGGAUAGGUCUUCUAGGCAUGGGUGCCUUCGCAGUAGCGGAACCAGAAAAUGGGUUACAGGGAGCUGUUUUCUUCGUUGCUGGUAUGAUAUGUUUUGUACCCGGAGCUUACCACGUGGUCUACAUAUGGCUAGCCGCUAGAGGACAAAGGGGCUACGACUUUUACCAUCUACCCUUGUUUACU